CGGAGGUUUCUGUGGGGAGAAGAAGGGAGCCAGACAGGCGGCAGCCGGCUCUGUCUCGGCCUCAGGGCAGAGGCACGGCGAGCCAAUGAGAAGGAGACAUCCACUCCUCUGCGUCCUGCCCGGCUCGGCUCAGCUCGGCGCGCCCUGUAAUUAGGAGCUCUGGUUGGGUUGGGCGCCGCCACCGUGGACAGCCUGGCUGCUGCGUCAGGGGAAGAAAAACGGGUGAGAGCGCACACAAGUCUGCAGGCGAUCCGGCUGGAAGAUGAACGAUCAAUCCUCCCCUGCCUUCGAGGAGAAGAAACCGAGCCUGCCCGUGGCCGGGAGCUCCAUCUCGGCCACCAAGAACUCCCCGACCCUGCCGGAGUCCUCCUCCACGGACAUGGGCUUCUACAGCGCGCAGGACUUCUACCCCGGGCAGCAGCAGCAGCAGCAGCAGCAGCAGCAGUACGCGGCUCAGCACAUGAACCCGUACGCGUACCACCACUACAACCUGAACGGGAUGGCCCCCGGUGGAGGCUACCCGGUCGGGAAAGCGGAGUACCCGUACCCGCACGCCGCGUACCGGGAGCACGGCGCGUUCAGCAGGGAGGUCCAGACCGCGCUGCAGGACUCCGUGAAAGAGGAGCCCGACGUGGAGGUCCGAAUCGUCAACGGGAAGCCCAAGAAGGUGCGCAAACCGCGGACCAUCUACUCCAGCUACCAGCUGGCCGUCCUGCAGCGGAGGUUCCAGUCGGCGCAGUACCUGGCCCUGCCGGAGCGGGCCGAGCUGGCGGCGCAGCUGGGCCUCACGCAGACGCAGGUCAAGAUCUGGUUCCAGAACCGGCGCUCCAAGUUCAAGAAGCUCUACAAGAACGGAGAGUUUCCACUGGGGGAAAUUUCUCUGGAACAGAGUCCGGAAGCCAGCGAUUCCAUGGCCUGCAACUCUCCUCCGUCUCCGGCCGUGUGGGAAAACAACAACGGCGGCAGCAGCAGGAGCGGCGACGGUGGAGGAAGCGGCGGCGCCAACGGCAGCGCCAUCAAGAACAACGCCAUGCUGGAGCCCACCAGCAGGGGGCAGGGUCCCUACCAGCCUCCCGUCGACCCCUCGUCCGCCUACAUUGGGGAGUACACGCACCAGAACUGGUACCAGCAACACGGCGCGCAUUUAGGCCUGCAGCAGUCGGGCCAGACGCAUCACGCCACUCCGCCGGCGCCGGCGAACGCGCAGAGUAUGGGAGCCGUCUACUGAAGCUUGAAGAGAGACUCACGUGCGUUUCGGCCGGAGCCUGGACCGCGGUGGAGGGUCGCCGGUGUUUUCUUUCCCAGGGGGGAGGGUCGAUCGGAGGCUCCACCUGGCAGCGACGCUCCGAUCCCAGUUUGGACUGUAAAAACUCGGCGCCUGCAUCGCAAAAGAGGAGUUUCCCCUCUGAUCCACUGUUCUCAUGUCUAUGAACUCGCAGCCUCGCGGUGAUUCUGCUGACUGACUCAUACUGACAGCUUCAUUCAAAAUCACUGUUAACAGAUGAUAUUUUGUAUAUUUGAUAUAUGACCAUAUUUAUGCUACAGCCUUUUCCUUGAUGUUUUUAUCUUUUAAAAGUGGCCUUAAAUUAAAAAAGUAAUAAUAAUAUUAUGAUAAAACCAAAAACUACUGAAAACUUGUAAAUCAAGAACAAACAAUCCAUCAUUUGUGACUCAUUAGCGAUUUUCCAAAGAAUAAUAAACUAUUUGUUUCAGAGAUAAUAGAAGGAUUAUGGUCAUUUUAAACAUAUAUGAACCAGGAGUUCAUUGGAAUUACUUCAAAUUACUGUACUACUGAUUUUAUUUAAAGGUAACACAAAUAGCAAAAUGUGUCCUUCAGGUAGAGAGGAUGACAUUUUUCUCUCACAAUGAUCAAUGAAAGCCUUUAAAAGCUGAUUUUACAACAUACAAUCCCAUAAUCACUGAGUUUAAGGGAAUCUUAUUUUCUAACUGGAGAUCUAUUUUCCAGAAGUGCUGCCAGGCGUACAACAAUAAUCCUAUUUUUAUCUGCUGAAAUGAUUAUCCUGUCCUGUUUUGACAUCCUUAAUCCCUUAAUGCCUUCGAGGUGCAACUAAACACUCGGUACCUGAUCUACUGAAGGUUUGAGCGUACAGGCUUAAUAUUGCAAGCACACAUGUAGAAUGCUCUGAAGGGUGCGAUUUCUUUCACAAAUGUGUUCUAGUUUGUGCAAGUUUAUACUCACGGGUUCAUUUAAAGCUUUGACAUUUAAAACAUUUGCAUAGUUUGAAACUGUGUCUGUUUUUUAAAAUGUUGAAAACGAAGGUGAGGCAGAGACAAUUCCUCAGCUGACCCGCCAUGACUUUUAUUUGCGAACUUUAUGACAAGAUAAUUUUUUAAAUCAUGCAGUCGUACACACAUAUUGAUUUUUUUUUCUUUUUCUUUAAUGCGCUGGUAUGUUUGACACAUCCACCCCACAUAUCAAAACCCCAUUUCGUUUGGUGCUAAUGAGGGCUCAGUGUUCGAUCCCAGCUGUUAUUUCACUUCAUCGUUUUUAUUGAUCAAGUGAAACAAAAGUAGAAUCUGUUUAUGUGUGCAUGCAGUUUGCCUUGCUUCAAUCAGGAUCUCAGUAAAUCAAACCCAUACACUGACUAUAUCUGAUUAUUGUGCAAUAACAUGCUUCUUUUUAUACUUGGCAAGUAUAUAAUAAUUUCCUUUGAAAUAUGAUCAUUUUGACUGUGUGAUCAAAUAAUUCUACAUUUCCCACCUGGCAACACUGGUACUUAGAGGUUAAGGUUUAGAUUGGGUUUAAGUAGAAGCUUAAGGAGGGAGAUAAACUUUCAAAAGUACUUUAUGACGAACCUGAUUCCAGCUCAGCUGCUACAAACUAGAAAAUAUUGUGACAUUAUUCCAGUAAUUCACUACUUUAAUGUUUCUGUCAAGAAAAAUCAUUUCCUGAUUUGGAAAUGCACGCAAAAGUUUUCCGUCAGCAUGUAGCUUAAAUUCUUUGACAGAAUAAAAACAUCUAUUGUUACUGUAGCAGAGAAACCAUUCUUCCAUCAUAAAUGCAAAACAGUUUUGGUGUUUCUCUAACGUUCAUGCAUAUGGAUAGACAGGGUGCAACUUCCCUGAACAAAAACAGAUGUAUCGUGUCAAUGUAGUCCAAAGUAUCUGCUAGUGGUACAAAUGCAAAAGUCACAUGCAAACCAGGAAACAUUUUUGUUCUGGCAGAAGAAGUUCCCCUAGAAGAGGUUCCUUGUACAAUUCAUAAACACAGAAACUGCUAAAAAGACUCAUGUUAUAUGCCGAUGACUCAGUCCUUCUAACAACCACCUUCAUCGGGUCUGGUAUCAGUGUAGUGACGUUCCGACCACUCACAUUUCACAGCUUAUCAAUCUUGCUAUCCCUGCCGAAACUUUACUAGCAGCAUGUACGAAAAAGAGCUGAUCCAGUGUUAGCGUGGGAAAAUGUAGCUGACAUUUGGCCACCAUUCCGGUUUUCUACGUGAAUUUUUCUAAGUCUACGUGGGUAACAAUAGAGGUAAUGGGCUGAUGCCGAAAGGCGUAGGUUUAAAUGAAGUUGGUGUGAUUCAUACUGAGGAGGCGUUUUUUUGCAGUUUUAUAAUCGUAGAAUUAGGAAUGAAGAUGAAGAUUUGAAUUGCGUCCUGCUCAGGUGAGAAGUCUAGCCAGGUUAAAAGAAAAAACAUGUUUUGUUCUUGUGUUGGAGCCUUGUUUCUUGCUUUUCUUCCAGUUUUAUAAACUAAGCUUUGCACCUUUACAGCAAAUCUUUCAGUUGUCUAGAUCAUGUUUUGAUAUGACCACGUGCUCCAGCAUCAGAUUCAAAGUCUUGCAAUUGAUGGCUUACGUGUCACAUUGGCAUCUGCAGCAUGUUUGGCUCAUCCGACUUCGGCAUAGAGGACAAUUAAGCUGUGAUGGAUGGAAAGAGGAGCAGAUGAUUCUCAUGAGAUAAUCGCCAAUCACUCUGUUUUGGGUUUCGGUUGUGGGUUACGACCACCAGUUGAUAUGUCAACCACCCAGACAGCUGUCAGGACUUUGGUUUAGAAUACGGAGACACAAAGAUGGAGUAGAUCAAGAAUCCCCGAGAGGAUCCGACGACUUGAAGGAAUUUUAUUGAGUGGUGGCGAAGAAGUGAGGCUGAGGCCAAAUAUGAGUCAAACUUUAAAAAUGCCAAUAAAUGCUCUACAGUAGGGUUUUUUCAUGAGAUCAUUUUUGCCUCGGUAACAUCUUGGUAUUAUCACGAUCUGAGUCUUCAAAUCAGGAUUUCUCUUCAAACCUAAAUCGAGAUGUGACCUCGACACACUUUGUUCCCUCGGUAUUGACAUCUUUCAACAGUUUUCAUAUGUUAGGCACAAGCAGCGACAAACCAAUCUGCAUGUGUAAGAAUACAUUUACUGCUGACAGACACUUUACAGUCCUCCAAAAACCAUUUAUGAGGUCAAAAGUUGGAGCAAUUUGGUGCUGAAACAUAAAAAAAAAAAAAAAACAAGUGUAUAUAUUCCAUUCCUUUUUGCUGUACUCAGGUUCUUUAUUUAUAGUGUCAGUUGUAGAUAUGAAGUAGAGCCAUAGUUUGUGCAGUUUUGUCUCCUGAGCACGACAAAAUAAACCGUGUUUUGUGUAUUUGAA